CUGCCCGGCCGCCGCCUGCUGGCAGAUCCCACACCCUCGCAGGCGCCGCCCAAGAAGGACAACCUCUUCCCGGAUGACCUCUUCACGCCCGACCAGCUGCGCAAGGGCGCCAUCACACUGCACAUGCUCGGCAUGAUCUACAUGUUCGUGGCGCUGGCGAUCGUGUGCGACGAGUUCUUCGUGCCGUCGCUGGACGUUAUCACGGAGAAGCUGAACAUUAGCAACGACGUGGCGGGGGCGACGUUCAUGGCCGCCGGAGGAUCAGCGCCGGAACUGUUCACCAGCAUCAUCGGCGUGUUCAUAGCCAAGAACGACGUCGGGAUCGGCACCAUCGUCGGCUCGGCUGUGUUCAACAUCCUGUUCGUCAUCGCCAUGUGCGUGAUCUUCAGCCGGACUGUCCUGGAACUGACGUGGUGGCCUCUCUUCCGCGACGUCAGCUUUUACAGCGUGGCUUUGAUUCUCCUCAUGGUGUCCUUGGAAGACGCGGCCGUCCAGUGGUGGGAAGCGCUCAUCCUGUUCGGCUGGUACUUGGUGUACUGCGUCUUUAUGAAGUUCAACGCGGGUGUCGAGCGUUGGGUCAAGACGCACAUCGUAGGCAAGCGGGUUAGUCGAGUGAGAAGCACUGACCAUCUGGUCAGCAACCUGCAGCCGGGCAGCCAGCAGGGCUUGCCCAGGAGACCGUCCACUCCGAUCAUCCACUCCGGCUCCAAGUUCCGGCAGGGCCUGCUGCAGCUGAUGAUCCACUCCAUCGACCCCAUGCACAACGGGAAAGUGGAUGAAAAGGCAACUCAGCUGCAUGCCAUAGCAUCGCUGAAGGUGCUGUUGGACACCACAAAACAGGACCUGAAGGAGGGAAAAAUGCAGGUGUCCGACAUCGAGGGCGCGCGACCCGACCUGCUGAGCGGCCGCGGCUCGCAAGAGACAGAGCUGACCAACGUCGACUCGCUCAAUUCGUCCACCGAGUUCGGCUCGGCCAGCGUCAACGCCAUCACCACGGCCAACGGCUCCGUCACGCCCGCCGUCCAGACGCCCAACGAGCCGCCGACCCUGGAAGACGAGGACGCCCAGAAGCCGAUCGACCUGAGCUGGCCCGACACCACCCGCAAGCGCAUAAUCUACGUGCUGGUGGCGCCUAUCGUAUUCCUGCUCUGGAUCACGCUUCCUGACUGCAAGUCGCCCAGGGGGCGACGUUUUUUCUUCAUCGCCUUCCUCGGGAGCAUAAUCUGGAUCGCCAUCUUCUCCUACAUGAUGGUGUGGUGGGCCAUUACAGUCGCUGACGUCAUGGAAAUUCCUCCCGAGGUGGUGGGGCUGACUGUGCUGGCUGCUGGCACCUCCGUGCCGGACCUUAUCACCAGCGUCAUCGUGGCCAGGAAGGGAUUCGGCGACAUGGCCGUGUCAUCCUCCGUUGGCAGCAACAUCUUCGACAUCUGCGUCGGGUUGCCGGUGCCCUGGAUGCUGGACGCCCUGGCGAAGACGAUUGGCCAGCUGUCGCGGCAGGAGACCGUCAACGUCCUGCCCACAAAAGUCGACUCGGAAGGCAUGAACUGCAACAUCCUCUGCCUGUUCAUCAUGCUCAUGUUCGUCAUCAUCAGCAUCGCGUGCUUCAGGUGGAGGAUGCACAAGGGACUCGGCGUGGUCAUGUUUCUUUUGUAUUUCAUAUUCUUGGCGGUGGCCCUGAGCUUUGAGUUCGACCAGCUGGUCUGCGAUAUUUAGUGCAAGUAUCUACCGCGAGAGCGGCACGGUGUCGACGUGAAAUGGUGUCCGGAAAGUGCGGGGUGACAUUGCUCGCUUUCCUAAAGCACCACAUACGCGAUAGACUCACACGCAUCAACACAAUUCACACAAAUCUUUGUAUUAUUACCCGAGUGCACAGGCAUGUAGGUGCACAGCCGCGCUCGGGUGCUGGGCGUAGUUGUACACCCGGCUGUACUUGGGUGGUGCCCACCAGAGCAUCCUGACCUACCUGAAAUCGUUUUUGGGUGGGCCUCCAGACUCUCAGGUCAUUUAGCGUCCUGCUCACAUCAGAGCAGCUGGCCCCCCACCAGACAGCUGUUGACUGAACUCGCGUGCGAGACUGCGCCCGGACUGAGGGGCCACCCGCCGGACAGCUGCCGAAUGAACUCGGGUGCAAGACUGCGCCCGGACUGAAGGGCCACCCAUCGGACAACUGCUGAUUAAACUCACGUGCGAGACUGCUCCCGGACUGAGGGGCCACUUACCGGACAGCUGCUGACUGACCUCACGCGCGAGACUGCGCCCGCACUGAGGGGCCACCCAUCGGACAGCUGCUGACUGAACCCACGUGCGAGACUGCGCCCGUACCGAGGCGACGAUUCCGUGGUGGAGCCCCGGGUUCCGAGCGUUCACUUGACACUGCGCCGGGGACUGUCACACUCGGUCGGCACCUGGUAACGGGAGUGCCAUCGCCCUGUCAGCCCUCCAUCAGAUUCGAGUCGCUUUCUCGGCUCUCCGACGCCUUCGGGUCGCACACGGGACUCGCCGUCGAAAUCGAGUUGCUCAAGCGGCUCUCCGUCUAAAUCGAGUUGUUCACUUGGAUCUCUGUCGAGGUUGAACCGCUCGCUCGGAUGUCACGUCCGAGUCACUCGCCCGGUCGUCCGUCAAGAUGCAGGUAUUCUCUCCUCUCUCCGACGAGACUGAGUCACUCGCCCGGUUCUCGAUAGAGAUGGAGUAGGUCUCUUGGCUCUCCGUCGAGAUCGAGCCGUUCGGCCAGGUCUCCCCGUCGGAAAUCGAUCUGCUCGGUCCGUUUCCGUCGAAAAUCGAUUCGCUCGCUCCGUGCUAGUCGAGAGUCGAUUUGCUCCAUCGGUCUCCGUCGAGAACCUGCUCGCUCGCUCGGUUCUCCGUUAGUGAUGUGUCAUUUACUUGGCGCUCGGCUGUUGUGUGGGACACUCCCCGAACAGUCCCCGCAACCGGGGCAGUCACUCAUCGCUCGAGGGAAGUCCGCGCACACUCAUGCGAUAGUCCUCCAGAGUAUAAGUCACUAGCUCCGCGUGUUGUGCUACUCACUUGAUCCUCCUCCUCCGGCGGCUCGGAGACUGCUAGCGCGAGUUGGCCAUUGUGCAGUGAGCAUUGGUCUCAUAUAUCCUCUGCGGCUGGACGAGCUCGUUAUUCCGGCGCCACGUUCCGCGCCUCGUGACCUAAGCGAUGAUCACGCCCGCUGGUCAGGUAUUAUCUUUUCGUGAAGCCCUGUCCGCUGGCGCAUUAUUGACUAGCUCAGAGUGCCUGUGACUGUUUCAGCAUGCGCUUUGUUAGUGAUAUGAGACUCGAUUCGGAUUCGUCCGGUUCCAUGGCGUGUGUGUGUGCGUGUGUGUGUGUGUGUUGUCGGUGAUUUAGUGCGAUCAGUGCAGUGACUUUUAAUUUUCUAACUAAAGCGUGUGGUAGUUUAAACUGGCUUCCAAAAAAUGUUGUCCAGGACACAAACCAGUAGUGCCACUGGGGGUACUCUAUGCCCCGGCUAUGGCCUCGAGCGGGAUAUGAACUUUCCGUUCUACAGCUUAUAGACAUAGCUCAAAGAUUCUCGGAAAAUUUCCCCAAGUGCUUCUCGUCUGCCAUGAAAAUUUCAACCAGCCAUAUAUCAACGUUUCCUUUCUGUUUUAUUUACUUAUGUUGUUUUUUAUUUCGUUAGGUACUUCUUAUUCACAACUCACAACAUUACAUGUGGCAGAAAGCUUUCCACCACGGUUGCUUUCCUGUUCGUUAUGUGUUCAUUUUAUGCAUAAACGUGUAUUUUAAGACCUAUAUAUAUAUAUAUAUAUAUAUAUAUAUACAGACAGAUGGAUAGAGACCUUCGUAGAAGGCACGCAUUAUUAUGUAUAUCGGGUGUUUUGUGUUUGCCCUUUUCAUGCCCGGCUACGAAUGCGCUGUGAAAUGGGUAGCUCUUAUUCAGAAAAUAACCGACCUUAAGUGCUGGAGGAAAUACUGGUAAACGACGUUAUCAAGCAAGCAUUGGCUAUAUUGAAAGAUUCUUACCUCAAAACGUUUUAACCAGCACUUCCCGGCGUGUUGACGGCUGAUCAGUAACGGAAUAAAAAGCCCCGAUUCACAAUGCCAAAAAAGAGCCAGGAGGUAAAGGCGUUUCUUGCUUAUUUUCUUACUUAUGCCAAGCCGUUAGUGCAAUAUUAUAGUUCAUUAUUGCUUCAGAACGCAGCUUCCGGCACUGGGUCUGCUGCCGACUGGUGACUUGCAUACAGUGCUGUGGUACCUGUAGGUAGUUAUCCCGCGUAGUGGCCAGGUUAACCAGAUCCCCUCACGGUGAGGAAACCAAGGCGAGGACUUCGCCAGUGCACCGGCUCGCCGGCCCCCAGUUGAAAGCUUUCCGACAUCCGCCGGUCCCUCGGCAGACCUGUGUCAGAGUUGAGACGCAUGUUGCAGUGGGUCUGAGGCUUUCCUCAUGCUGGUGCGCGCGAUGCUGUGAUGAGAGAUGGGAGGGUUGUAUGCGCUGUCAGGCGUGUUUUGUAGCGAUUUCUCUGGGAUUCGUACGAGGCAUAUUCGAGGUUGACGUGGGAUUACGAAUUGACUCGCAGAUGCGUUAGGUUGCAAGAGCCGUGAACUGUCCUCACAGUAUGCCUGCCGUAGGCAUGCUGGCAUAUAGCAACAUCUACAAAGGCAAGCGUGUCUUUGUGUUGGCGCUCGGACGCGUAUGGAUUUACAAGAAUAUGAUGUUGGUGCUAACGUGCUGAAGAUAACGUUAAUAUUAUGGUAUUCCGCUUUAAGUCAGUUUAUCAUCGUUGGCUAGGAUUACUUUGGCUCUUCACUUCGCGUGCAUCGCGUCCUUCUACCGGUUGAAGCAUGUUAUCCGCAUUACGAACCAUAGCGCCGGCCUUCAAACCAUUCCGCUUUUUAUUUUCCUUUCGGCCCUCUCCAGAGAUAUGCCCAGAUAGAGUGGCGAGGGUCGCCGCGCGCCGCGCUAAGCGCUCACAGCUCUCCCUCUGUCCAGAUAACGGGACAGGUCUAUUUUGGGGGCCUGCACAACAAGCCCGGGUGGCUACAAUGGAUUUAAACGGAUUACGGUCCGGUGCGCCAGACAUGGGCCUCCAGACUCUCAGGUGGUGCUUUCAACGGGCUGGAGACGAAAGGACUAGAUGAGGACGGCAUGAAGUGCCGGGUCAGAAACUCAGCUUCUUGUUCUGAACAGGGCAGCCUGUUAAUUUACCUCGAUGUCUUGUUUCGUCGGCAGACCUGCAAUUUUCAUGGGAAGCUGCACUCUAAUGCUCAUGGAAAUGAGGAUAUUAAAUAGCAUGAUACUCACGAUUGAGAGUUUGAGAUCUUUUAGUUGCGUACUGAGACCGUGACCUGAUGGGAUUGCGCGCUGCCUCCUUUUAUUGGGAGGACUUUUGCCUACGUGUGAGCGGUUAAAUUAAUGGUCCGUUGCGCGUUUGCAACAGUGGCGUUGACUAUGCUGAUUUGUGUCAGAGAAUGUGCGAUACAGGAAGCCCCUGAGCCAUAAAACAUGUAGGAGAAGGACAAAUGAGCUGUGCCGGAGAGAUUUGAGGUGGUGCUGGUCAUAGCUGUCUGAGAGAUAUGUGUGCAAAUGCGCGAACAAUUCCUCGGUGGGUUUUGUUACGCCGUGAUAUUUACUGGCGCCGCAUUGUUGGGCCAGUUUGUCCGAGACGUUUAAUGUUUCUGCUGUUAAUUGCUCCCUAUAUUUAAUGUAAGUUAGCUGUGCUCUGAUAUCUGAAGUCCUGUGACCUAAUAUUUUCGGAAGCCAUUGCAUGGCCACAACUGUUGUGAGAUGGAUGUAACGAAACCGCUGGUUUGAGGCGCGUGGCAUCACUAACGUUGCGUCUAAUGCACACUGCGUUGAGGUCGUUUCUGGGCGGAUUCAUGGCACCACCUAUGUGACAGAAGUACGUAUACCUCGCACAUGUCACAUGAUGCACCCCACACGCGCGUCGAUUUUGUGACUUUGCUCGGCUAGCCUGGUGAUUCUGUAUACAAAAAUUGUGCAUGCCAUUCGAGCGGGCGCGACAAUCCACCUUUUAUUCCCAGGCACUGGCAUUCUAUCACUAUGGCGAACAGCGAUGGUUGGUCACGUAGCUGCGUUGGUUUGCUAUUUAUUGCGCAGUCCAGCCUUGCUGCGGUUGAGAGGGGUCCUGGUGGCAAGACCAUCAGGUGUUGAGAUCGGGACACCGUCAGAACACGACUUUGGGGUCCGGGGGUGUUCAUGUAUGAAUAGGCCGUGGGUGCCCAGAAGGUGGUCGCGGGUCUCAAACCAACGUCACGUAUAGAAAUUCAUAUUCGUAUUUUUUAGGUCCGGCGCUGUCUUUGUGCGGAAUCUGUGCCUGUGAGAUCAGGGUCGAUUUCCCAUGGUCCAUGUUUUUGUCUCCUGGUGUCAGACGCGUAUUUCUCGGAUCAACUGGUGGUUUUUAUGUCACCUUCCUGUCCAGCUUCUGACAUCACAUCGCUGUGCGCAUUCAGACUUCUCGGAGUUGUACUGCAGGCCUGGUAUGAAAAUACCGAGCUUUUGAGCUGGUUUCGGUUUCACUGAGUGGUUUCUCAGUUACAGCUUUCCUUUCUUGGCUGUGGGAUGUGACUCGAGGUUCUGGGAGGUAAAUAAAGACCGGAUCCGAUUCGAAACCGGGUCUCCCCUGACUCCCCUGUCACGUGACCCGAGGACUGCCGUGACGUUUUUCGGACCGGAGUAUCAGACCCGGCCCUGGACCUCGAGCCGAGGGUUAGCCAGCCAUUCAUUGGGUGCCGCGUCGACCUGGGGUGCGGCUUAUUUUAGGCGGGCUGGUCACCUAGCAGCUGUGAUUCUGUACGAGACGAAGCGAGAGUGAAUGACGUGGGGUGGCGCGUGACUGGGUUGGUUCGCCUUUGUGAAGCGUCCGCCGUUGUUUUUGACGACGCUCCGGCCGCCCCGGCCGGCGGGAGGAAGACUGUAGUGACGUUACAGCCAUAUGCAUGUGUACCAACUACGAUACACAGACAAUGGCGAAACAUUAGCUAGAUUCUUUCGAUGUUGUCAUUGGACUUCACGUCUUCAAUAUUCCCUGUCGGCUGAUUCGUGCUACGCCUUUGUGAUGACUCCAGCGUGCUCCUGGCAAUGUCACGGAACUUCUCCGGCACGCAUCACACACGCGGAACUUUGAGACUAGAGCUCCCGUUUCGCACGUUCUGCCUCCACCAUUGAAAACUCUGCUGUGCUCUGGCUCGUUGUACCUCUACCGCUUCUUAGCUGUGGGUUGGUAUUGGAGGCAUGUGGCACUCAAUGUUUCGUUCUCAGUGGCCGAUUAUUACCGAGUUGUCUAUUAUGCUCCAGGAGCAAGAUACAAUGUUAACUUUACUGGGCGUGUUUGUUGUGUUGCUUUAUGUUAUUGUGCACAAAGUCUCACAAGCAGUUGAGCUUAGGCAAUCCCAGAACUGAGACCCGCUCAAUGCUAUUUUCUGUAUAUAAGAUACUGACCAUAUCUGUCGCUGAAGCCAAGUAUAAUGUCCCUUUUCAACGAUAUGCUUUCUUGAGAGUUAUAUUUCGGUGAAGAAGAUUAACAUGACAUCUGUUAUAUAGCUGACGUCCUUCCUCUACCUCCCCAUUACUAAACUGAUCGCAAUUACGCGAUGUUUGUAUCAUUCUCUGAUCGGACAACUGGCCAGGCACAGCUGUGUACAUGUACAUGUGUGUGGAGAUAUAGACUAUUUUGUAGCGAGAUGAUAACCCAUGCGUUCGUUGUUCAUUAGAUAAUAUAUACUGUUUGCUGUUACUUUGCUGUUGGUAUCCAAAUAAAGUUGCGU